CGCUAAAUGAUUUUUUGUAAACUAAGAAAUUAUAUUUAGUCUUUGUUUAUUUCUUUUUCCCUUUCACGUUAAUCAAUCAUGGUUCGCGGGCCUCGCAAGCAUCUGAAGCGUGUUGUCGCUCCCAAGCAUUGGAUGUUGGACAAGCUUGGUGGAGUAUUUGCUCCGAGACCAAGUUGUGGGCCACAUAAGUUAAGAGAAUGUCUGCCAUUAGUCAUCUUUUUGAGAAACAGAUUAAAGUAUGCAUUGACCUAUGAAGAGGUUAAAAAAAUUCUGAAACAACGACUGGUGAAGGUCGAUGGAAAAGUCAGAACUGAUAAAACGUACCCAGCUGGUUUCAUGGAUGUCAUCAGCAUUGAAAGGACAAACGAAAACUUCAGGCUGAUCUACGAUGCCAAGGGGAGAUUUGCUGUUCACAGAAUCCAAUCUGAGGAAGCCAAAUACAAACUGUGCAAGGUGAAGAAGAUCUUGAUUGGUUUGAAAGGAAUUCCAAGUUUGGUAACCAGUGAUGGGCGUACGAUCAGAUUUCCAGAUCCACUCAUCAAAGUUAAUGACACCGUUAAAGUGAACAUAGCACCACAGGUUGAACAACGUGUUCAUAAUUGGCAAGGGCAACAAACCCUGGGUCUCUCUGCCUGCUGGCAAGGGUGUUAGACUGACCAUUGCUGAAGAAAGGGACAGAAGGAUUCAAGCCAGACACAACUGAACUGCUGCUGUCUAUCUUCAUGUUCAUCGAUUGAUUGAUUGAUGGUUGAUUAUAUUUCUAUGGAACAGCAAUGUGAUUGAUUGGUGGAUACAAACAGAUGUAUCUAUCUAUCUUUGAUGCGAUUUGUAUUGUUUGAAAGUUUUUCAAAUAAAUUUAAUAAAUUGG